AUGAAGAUGUACGUCAGCUCCCUCAACUUGCCCAUCGGCUAUGUCAUUCCGCGAUUUCCAGCGCUAUACUGGCCGUUGGGCCCGGACUUUGAUAAGUACCAGGACCUGUUUCUUUUCUACUCCGUGGAUAUGUGGCGUUUCGUCUUGUAUUGGACGCUCAUCUUUUUUGUGUCGGCGUACACUUGCGCCGGAUUGAGUGCAUGUUUCAACAUGUAUUGGCGAGUAUACCGUGAGCGGCAGGUUGUCGGCGGGACAUUGCGCAAGCUCCGUAUACGGCCGUUUAUGGUCUUGAUAUCGUAUGUGCUUCUCGGUUGUUUUCAUGGGUUUUCGAGUGGCGCUCUAGUCGGUCUUAUGGUGCUGGCUAUAUAUCGAGCAGGCUCGUUAAGUAUGACCACUUGGAUUCCUUUUUGCUGGGGAGCGGCACAACUAUUUUACCAUAUUGCAUCGUCAUAUCUGACCAGUCUGUUGUUGAUGUGA